GAUGCUGGAAUUAUACUGAAAAGCUCCUGACUGACCCGGAGAAGAUACUGAGAUGCAGACUAUAAAGCUCGUGGUGGUAGGUGAUCGUGAUUCAGGAAAGCAUGAAUUGCUCCUGAGCUAUACAGGCACAACCUUAAAGGAAGAAUACAUACCCACAGAAACUCGUGGCAUGAAAGUCUGCAGACAUACACCAGUCAGAUUUCAGGUUCCUUUGAACCGCUCUUUUGUGUCACACAGGUUGUGAUACUUGCAGAUCAGUGACUGAACUCUACAGAACACUAAAGACAGACAGUACAAACGCACAUACAUGCAAAACCAAUCAAAGUGGGUUGUGUAUUGUGUUCUCACAAAUACAGUGUGGACCAAUUUCUGUUGUAGUGUGUUUGGAGUUUGAAAGUAAGUAUUCAAAUAAGCACAGCAGCUAUAAAACACUCCCUGCAUCCACUCACAUCCAGAGCCGAGGUUACCAGGAAUGUUGGGAUAAGCUGCUUUAACACACGUGGCAGAAGCCUGAACGUGAGUAAGGAGGAGUAAAGUAAGACAUGACACAUCUGCCUACCUGAACAGCUGCAAACUAAUAUUCAUGAAAGCACUCAGCACAUUUCAUGAAUCAGUUUGACUCUGGUUAGUCAUGCUGUAAUGAUUCUGCUGCAUUUGCAUGUUUACUUAUCUUUGUUUAUGUCUUGUUUAACUUUUGUUCCCUGUCUUCUCCAGGUGUUUGACAACUAUGCUGUGACAGUGAUUGUUGGUGGAGAGAUGUACAGUCUGGGACUGUUUGACACUACAGGUCAGGAAGAUCAUGAUACACUGCGAGUCUUCAGCUACCCUCAGACCGACAUCUUGCUUCUGUGUUUCUCUGUCGUAUCACCGUCAUCUUUCAAGAACAUCACAGAGAGGUGGGUGCCAGAGAUUUCACACUACUGCCCGGGGACGCCCUUCCUGUUGGUCGGGACUCAGGUGCAUUUAAGAGAUGACAGCAACACCCUGGAGAAGCUGGCCGAGAGAAAGCAACACGCUGUGACCUUCACAAGUGGAGAGGAAGUGGCUCGUGAGCUGAAGGCAGUCAAAUACGUGGAGUGUUCAGCUGAGACAGAGGAAGGAUUGAAGAACGUGUUUGAUGAGGCUAUUCUUGCUGCUCUGGAGCCUCCAGAUACUAAAUCCAAGAAGCACUGCAUCCUGCUAUAGAUGCCACAAGAAGAAGAGAACAAGGAGGAGACGGUGGAGGUGGAGGUGUAGAUUAGAGAUAAGAGAAUAUUAACCCAAAUAGGACUAGAGGGUUAAGUCAUAGUGAUUUAACUUUGGGUUACUCACACCUUAACACUGUUGCAGAAAGGCAGCGUACAGCUGGUAAAUCCUCUUGCUUUCAUAGCUGCCUUGAUGUGCCCAUUCAUUCAUUUUCAUUGCCCACACUGGAUCGUCAAAUCAAAUCUCCUAAUGCAACCAGCCCAAGGCUGCGGCUGAGCAGCAACAACUUGAAAGCAGGCCUCGAGGUUCAACAGCAACAGUAGUGUGACUUUAGUGAACUGCACAGUAGUUGGUUACACAUUCUCACAUUGUAUUUAUGUCUUUGUCGUUAUUAUGAUUUUCUCCAUUUCAGCAAUUAUUCAAAUAAACUGUUUACACUUCAUUUUUUGUGU